CGCGUCUUCCCCCACUACCAUGACCGGUGGUCCCCCGCAAAGACCUGCACCACCUGCAAGUAUCGGGAGUAAUUUUACGGCAACGACGGGUGGCCCGCCGCCUAAGCCGGCGCAACCUUCGUUUCCAAAUAGUCCCGUAGGAAUCUCGUCAAUGAAAGUUGCGACCUCCGCCGUGGGUGUUGUUUCGUCGCCCCCAACUGUACCUACCUGUGGAAUAGGUAUCCCGUCAGUGGCACCAAUCGCUCCUUUAAACACAACUCCUAGGCCAAUGGCUGCCUUCAAUAUGGCACAACCGAUGCCGACACAGCCAUUAGGCAUGGUUGGUGCGGGUAUGGUUGCACCUAUGACCGGCAUCCCAAGUAUGGUACCACCCAUCGGAUCAAUAAAUACUGGUACUGGAGUCGCCCAAUCAGUAGCGUUGCCCUUGGUGUCCUCGACCACUGCGAACGGUACGCUGGUGAAUGGCGCAAUUACGCAAACGCCAGUGUCUACGAAUACACCUUUGAGUACAACGGCACGUCCGCCAAGUAUAGACAGAGUAGGCUCCGUGGAUUCUCAGCACAGUCAGCACUCGGCCGGCUCGCCGCAGUCCGCGGAGUGGGCGGUGCCGCAUCAGACUAAAUUGAAGUACACCCAGUUAUUUAAUACCUGGGACAGAACGAGAUCCGGCUUUUUGUCUGGGCCUCAGGCGAGAAAUAUCAUGGUGCAGUCGCAGCUGCCGCAACCCAUACUCGCUCAAAUAUGGGCUCUGGCCGAUAUGGACUCGGACGGGCGCUUAGGCUCCGAGGAAUUUGUCCUCGCGAUGCAUCUCUGCGACAUCGCCAAGGCCGGCGAGAGUAUACCUACGGCACUUCCGCUGGAACUUAUUCCACCCACGUUUAGACGGCAGCGUCAAAGCAGUUUAACGCUGUCUCAAAACGCGACGGAGAAUAUUGACCCAUUAGCAGGCAUGCCGCAGACUUCAUUCGAAGAUAAACGCAAAGAGAACUUUGAGAAAGGUCAAGCGGAAUUGGAACGUAGGCGUAAAGCGUUAUUAGAGAUUCAGCGGAAGGAGCAAGAGGAGCGAGAGCGCAAGGAGAGGGAGGAGGCCGACAAACUAGAGAAAAUAAGACUAGAACAGGAGAGGCGUAGACAAGCGGAAAUCGAGAAACAAAUGCAGAGGCAAAAGGAGAUCGAACAGGAGAAGGAGGAGCAACGAAAACGCGCGCAGGAACAGAAAGAGGCGGCGCGCAAGGAGAUGGAGAGACAACGACAAUUGGAGUGGGAGCGACAGAAGUCACAAGAGUUGCAGGCGCAGAGGCAAAAGGAGCAGGACGUUCUUCUCAAGUUGAAGGCGAAGAAUCAGACGUUGACCAUCGAACUUGGCACGCUUAAUGACAAAGUGAAGGAGCUGUCGCAGAAGAUUUGCGACACUCGGGUGGGAGUGUCGGGCGUCAAAACGACUAUCGACGGUAUGAGAUCGACGAGAGACACGCAGUUGCAGGAAAUGGCCGCGUUAAAAAAUAAGCUCCGAGAACAAAAUCAAAGACUGCUGUCGUUGAGUCAGGAGAAAGCGCGCAUCGAGGCGAGGAACAAACUCAACGCGGCGCAGGACGCGGCCGGACAAGAGGCUAUUAAAAUGGCCUUCGACAAUAAACAAAUUACUCUUAAGCAGAUGAAAGAUAAAAUAGCAGAUUUACAACAGCAGGUUGAUUCUAAAAUGUCCGACAUUGAAAACAAUAACGGGCAGCUCGAGGACAUCAAGACGCAGAUGAAGAAUCUAGUGGUGGAUUGUAAACAGCUCUACGUCACUUUUGACGAGAAGAAGAAGAGAGUGAUCGAGCUUCGGUCAGGCGGUAACGUCUCGGCCGCCGACUUUGCCACAUCUGCAUGGGGCGACAGCGGUUGGGCGCCUACCAGCGACACGGCUUGGCCCGUCGACGACACUACAAGCUCAAUAAACGAAGCUGCCGUUGUGGGCGUCCGUAAAUACAGAGUCCUUUACGAAUUUGUCGCGCGAAAUCAAGACGAGAUAUCGUUUCAACCUGGCGACAUUAUAUUGGUACCACCUGUGCAAAAUGCCGAACCAGGAUGGAUGGCGGGAGAGAUUCGCGGUCACACUGGCUGGUUUCCCGAGUCUUACGUGGAGCCGGUGGAUACUGUUACGACUGAUUUGGACAACGAACGCACUUUCAUACAGCAAGACAGUGUGGAGAAGAGAACGUUAGAAGGAAUAGCAGAGGUUCCCGAGAACGUGUCGGACGCGGGAUCAUUGGGGGGAGAAGCCCCGGUAGUGGAGGCUAUUACACCUACUUUAGGAUUAGGCACACCCUGCAGCAUACAAGCCACCGCUUUGUUUCCUUACCGACCUACUAUGGAGCAGCAUCUUGCCUUUGAAAAGGGAGAAACUAUCAAUGUUUCCGAGCAGCAGAACGACUGGUGGUACGGGUCGGCCAGUACCGGAAAUCAGGGCUGGUUUCCCAAAUCGUACGUGAAGGAGGUGAUCGCGAGCGGCAAGGACACCGCGGCUGACGGUCUCAAUGAGUAUUACGUUGCCCUUUACCGGUACGAGUCGUCCGAGACCGGCGAUCUUAGCUUCAAUCAGGGGGAAGUUAUGUUAGUUAUAAAGAAGGACGGCGAGUGGUGGACCGGGUGCAUAGGGAACAAAAGUGGGAUCUUUCCGUCUAAUUACGUAGAGAAGUGCGACGCUCCCAGCCAGGAUGCGUCUACUAACGUUCAGUCCGCUGCUGCUGUUGUUGCUGCAACCGCGGAAACAAAGAGCGAAGCUGACGAUGUUCCGGCGGCCGCGGAAUCGCAAGUAGAGAAAACGGCGGAGCAGCUGGAAGACGAAAGAGCAGCUGCCGAGGAUAGAGCGGAGUUACCGGACUUUACUGCUAUGGCUGCGCAGCAGUACUACAAGAGAGGCAGGAAGCCGGAAAUUGUUCAAGUUAUCGCGCCCUAUCAAGCAACAAGCUCGGAACAGUUGAACUUGCAAAGAGGACAGCUAAUAAUGAUUCGCAAAAAGACUGACAGCGGCUGGUGGGAAGGAGAGCUCCAGGCCCGUGGUAAAAAGCGACAAGUUGGUUGGUUCCCAGCGACUUACGUUAAACCCUUAACCAGCAGCAGUAACAGAAGUACACCCGUUUCCCAUGGCUAUCAAGACUCGCCAACGGAUCCGAAUAUCGAACGCGUCAUGGCUCUGUAUCCUUACCAAGCACAAAACGAGGACGAGUUGAGCUUCGAGAAGGGUGACGUUAUAUCAGUACUCGCUAAGGAGGAGGCGUCGUGGUGGAGAGGCGAGUUGAACGGCGUGUCCGGCGUCUUUCCGAGCAAUUACGUAUCACCUCUGUCGAGUGAAUUGUCGAUCGACACAGUGAUGUGUCACGAUCCCAUGGAGAGAAAACGCCAGGAACACAUCAAAGAGCUGAUCGUGACCGAGCAAGCUUACAUAGAAGAUAUGAGACUGGUGCACGAGGUGUUCGAGAAACCGCUGAUCGAAAGCUUAGUCCUAAGUGUCGAUGAGAUAGAGAGGAUCUUUAUCAAUUGGAGAGAUAUUAUCGCGUGUAACGAUAACUUCUUGAGAACUCUGAGGAUACGAAGGGACAACAGCUACAACGAAGUAGUGCGAAUGAUCGGCGAUAUAUUGUGCGAAAAUAUACCCAGGAUGUCGGCUUACAUAAGAUUUUGCAGCUGCCAAAUAUCCGCCGCGACGUAUCUGCAGCAUUUGACAGAGACCUCGCCGGAAUUCGUUCAGGUCGCGCAUGCAUGUCAGCAAGACCCGAGGACAAAGGGGAUGCCGCUGAGCUCGUUUUUAAUUAAGCCGAUGCAAAGGAUAACGAAAUACCCGCUCAUCAUCAACAAGAUCUUGGAAUACACGCCGGUCGAUCAUCCCGACAGGCAGUAUCUGCAGGAAGCAUUGGCCAAGUCCGAGGAAUUUUGCACUCAGGUAAACGAAGGCGUCAGGGAAAAAGAAAACAGCGACAGACUGGAGUGGCUGCAAACUCACGUUACAUGCGACGGCCUUGAGGAGCAGCUUGUCUUCAACUCCUUGACGAAUUCCUUGGGGCCGCGAAAACUGUUACACUUCGGUAUACUUCAUAAGUCAAAAAGUGGGAAAGAGCUCGUCGGCUUCCUCACAAAUGACUUCCUGCUGUUCGUUCAGCCGUUGAAAUUCUCCUUGAAUUGUCAACAAUUUUCGUUCGAGCGUAACGAGCAUCAGAAAUUUAAGAUGUACAGAAAACCGAUAUUCCUCAACGAAUUGUCUUUGUUCGGAGAAAGCGACGGAAACAGCAGCCUAAGCGGGAGCGACGCGGCGGACAAUUCGUCGAAAACUCUAAGACUGAAAGACCAAAAGAAGCCAAUAAUAUUAAUAGCACCGUCCACGAACGAAUGUUCCUUGUGGUCGAAACGUAUUGUGGAGGCGCGUAGAAAGUUUUUGGAAAACGAGAAGAAUUGCUUACAAAGGCAGCGGUCAAAACAGGCGCAAUUUGGGGCGUGCGGCAGAAUUCUCGUCACUGUGCUCGAAGGUUUCAACUUGAAAGCUCCAUCCGUUCGCAGGAGACCACAAGGUAGGCUGGUGCUGGUGGUGGUGGAGGCUGAAGAUCUUGCCAUUGGCAGGAAAGGAAAGUGUAAUGCAUUCUGCAAAGUAUCUAUGGGCUCUCAAGAAGAAAGAACGGGAGUCGUAUACGGGAGUGAUUGCCCUUUGUGGGACGCUUCAAUGCAAUUUCAAGUGAAAGAUCUGCUCGAAGAUACCCUUUGCAUCACCGUGUUAGAUAAGGGAUAUUAUAGUCCUGAUGAGUUCCUUGGUCGUGCUGAGAUCAGAGUGGCCGAGAUAAUGAGAGACAGCAGAAAUUCUUGCGGGCCGAUCCAGAAGAGGAUCAACUUGCAUGAGGUCGAGAGCGGCGAUGUUGUUCUCAAGCUUGACCUACGACUGUUUGGGUAAGACGCAUCGAGAGCUUCCAAUCUAAAAGUAUGCAUUUAAAUAAGACUUUAUAUAAGAUUUGUAUAAUUAAAGGCGUAAUAGAGACGA